AUGGGGGCGCCCGUGGACACACUAGACCACGACAGGAGGUAAGGCUGGAGGAGGAGGGGGAUGCUCCAAGUAUUGACAGCUGAAGGGUAGUAAGAGGAAAAGAUAAUAAGAUGGCUAUCUGUUCCUUCUAACCAGAUACCCUUUUCAUCUGUCUGAAUUCUCUCACCUCAUCUUCAGAGGAUCUGUGGGGAUGGUUGUUUUUCAAAAGGUUUAAUUCUAUCCAUAUGUACAGGUAGCAGUAGCAGCCUGUGUGUUUGAAGGGGGAAAUCACAGUAGUUUUAUAUGACCCAGACAAUUUCAGCUCAUCCAGUUGCUGUUUGUCAGGAACGGGAUUUAAGCAGGCCUUUAGGGCAGGGUUGACCCACGUGACCCCUCGCUGUGUGUGCGCACGCUCGUGUGUGUCUGUUUGUGUGAGUGUGUAUGCACGCGUGCGUGCGUGCCAGCAUGCAUGAGUGUGUUGUGUGUGUGUUUUUAUCACCUCACCCAGUGUGUCACGUCCUCGACCCCUCCAAUGAGGAUCUGUCUCAGUGCUAAUCCCACUCACACCAAUAGCAGUGUGACAGGAAACAAGGGCUGACCAGACGGCUUUGUGUCUCCCAGACCUUUGCACCGAUUUACUGUCUUCACUUACAGUAAAGCCCACUGGAGUGCUGUGACACCCGUUUCAGAGAGGACCUUCCAGAGUGCAUUUAAAAUUAAACACCUCUGCUGCUAACAUGUGCCGUGGCAUGUACUCUAGUCAGUCGGGGUGAAACUUUGAACUCAUGUUUGGGUUACUGAUCAGAUCUGUCCAUGAGAAAAGACCUUGAAGGUGGACAGUACAUGUUUGGCUUUAUAGUGUUUUGAUUAAAACAAUCAGGGUGGUAUUUUAAAACUGCUAAUAUUAAUUUAAUAGUUCACCCUUUACUUGAGAUAAUUGCAUUGAUCAUCGACGAAGUGAGAAUAUAAAGAGCCUAUUAGACUAUUUUCACUGUUUUCUAUUUCAUCUUGAGGGCAGAGCAUGAGCUGGAAACACCCAUACUCACACACACACACACAAACAAAUAUAUUUUAAGUGUCAGUGCAUUGUAGUGCAGAUAACUGCCAGUGAGAUAGAUUCUCAGAGUGUUUUCCUCUGUCUCCUCAGGCUUCUCAGCGCUGUCGCUGGGAGACCAGAUGAGUCUACUGCAGAGUGCCUGGAUGGAGAUCCUGAUCCUGAGCAUCGUGUUCCGCUCACUGCCCUAUGAGGACGAGCUGGUGUAUGCAGAGGACUACAUCAUGGACGAGGAACACUCGCGGCUCACGGGCCUGCUCGACCUCUACGUGUCCAUCCUGCAGCUCGUACGCAAGUACAAGAAGCUCAAGGUGGAGAAGGAGGAGUUUGUCACCCUCAAGGCCAUCGCUCUCGCUAACUCAGGUAGGACAACAUACUCCACCUCCGUAUAUAGUGUAAAUAAGACGGCAGCCAGGGAUGAUAGGUGAAUAUUUGGAUAUUCCAUUCUUUACAAGGUUGUGUAAUUUAUGCAAAAUGAUGUGAACAACCAAUCUAAAAAACAAUAAAAUGUAUAAUUUAAGGUAAUAUUGUAUUUUUGCUGAUAAUGUAUGUUUUGCAGAUCAGAGUCUAAUUGUUCAGUAUUUUAUGGACAAUAUGAUAUUGUAAAAUGGGCAAUCACAAGCAAUAUACACAUGUGGGCAAUAAUAAUACUUUUGGGACUUUUUAACUUUAUGUCGUAAUUUUAUGAAUAAAUUUACAUUUACAUUUUAGUCAUUUAGCAGACGCUCUUAUCCAGAGCGACUUACAGUUAGUGGAUACAUUAUUUUAUAUUUUUCAUACUGGCCCCCCAUGGGAAUCGAACCCACAAUAAAUCUAGUAUUUAUACAUUUUAGGACACAUUUCAUUAAUCUCAAAAACUGUCAUAUAUCAGAUCUAGAGCAAGAGUUAAUUUCAAAUGAACAAAUUAUUACUAUAGUGCCUGUGACACAGAAAUAUAAAUUAGUUUGGAAUAUUUUUUAAACACCCAUUAAUUUGCCAGUUUGGUGUUCCUUAUGGGGUUCUUUCAAAUGUAAAACCAAAAAUGUUUGUAUUUAUAUUGCACAAAUGCAGAAAACUGUUUCUAAUUUUAUAUUGGAAUAUUAUCUUAUUCAUAAUAACAAUUGUUCAUAAUUUAUGUUUGUUAAUCAUCUCCAUUACAUUAAUAUACAUUAAUUUAAUAUGUUAAAUCUAUAUUUCUAUAUCUAUCUCAUGGCCAAAAUGUCAUGUCAGGGUUUAAAGUUGUACAGUUGUUGACUUUACCCUUUAGUUUUGAGUUGGAGAUGGAGUGGAGAGAUAGAGGAGGAGGGGAGCACUGAACUUUUAAUUGAAAGCCUUCCAUGUGGUAUUUCUCCAUCCAUCCCUCUAUCUCCAUAACAGUAGCUGCAGGGCACGCCAACCAUGGGAGAUAAAUUUAGCAUUUCAUUAGGAGCACAGGGCCUGUCAAUACAAUGUGUUAAGUCGAAUGGAAUGAGUAUCAGGGAGUGAUGGGGCUUGUUUGUUCCAAUGCGAAGACGGCACACUCGUAUCGACAGGCUGCUUUUGAGUAGGCAGGGCCUGUCCCUCUCUGAUCAAUGCCUGGCUGGGCCACGGGCGAUUUUUUUUUUUUUUGUCUGGCUGAAAAAUGAAAACGCUGAUGGUGGGCUUUGCUUUGCUUUCAGACGACAGAGCUUUGUUGGGGGGUGGGUGAGGGAGGGAGGCCUGGUGUCGGUGUGGGUAGGAGGCGUCCGGAACGUUUGAACAAGGUCUCUGUGAGAUCACUCUCCCGGGAGCCCCUCUGUCUGACAGCUGUGAAAAUUCAUAGCGAUUGAUUUUGUAAUUAGCAGUUUAUCAAUGGGAUCGACGUGGGCUCUCUGAUGGAUUGCAAGGAAAUUGUUUCUUCAAAGUAGUUUUUUUAAGCCCAUCCCCUCCUCCAAAGUCUACAUGCUGCGUUCUCUCUCUCUCCCUCUCCUUCUCUCUCUCUCGAUAUCUUGAUCUCUCUCUGUCUAUUGCUCUCUUUUCUUUCUCAUCUGGUCUCUCUCUAGCUCUUUCUUUCAUUUCUUCUUGCCUGCACUUCACCCUGAGACCUUUGUCCACUGUGCUCACUCAUUCUUGGCAUUAGAUGAGUUGAAUGGCUAAAAUGUCACGCAUGUGCUGAAGCACACAUGCACACUCACACAUACACUCACUAACGUCUUUGAUACAUUUAUUAGUUCUAUAAUUUUAUCACAGUAAUUAAAAUGCAUCUAAUUGCUAAUAAUUUGUCCGUGCAUUGACUUGUCUAUAUUACCUAAUAUGCUGUUUAUCAUUGACUAAUCCUGUAUGAAGCAAACAGGAGAUACAAUACUGUUAGCUCUCUGACUUCUUCCUGGUGAAUUUCCCUUUUGUUCUUCCAUUCUGCUCAUCCCUCCAAUCCCCCCCCCCCCCCCCCCCCCCCCCCCCCACCCCACCCCACCCCGCUCAUCUGCGCAUUCACUUUCCAAAACGACCUACUUCGUUUUACCGCUGUGGAUUGGAAAGCGUCAGGGUGAGAAAUGUCUCAAGGUCUUGGGAAUAUAGUUGUUCCAGUCAAUGAAUUUGUGACGAAGUCUGAAAUCUGUUUUGCCUUUUAUUGUCCCGCGUGGUGAAAUAUGCACCGCCAAGGUGAUACAAGUCAGGCAACCAAUGACACGCCAUCUCACAAGUGCCAGACACUGGUUAACCACUGAGAGAACCACAACCCCAGUGUAUCCUUGAGAGAGAGAGAGAGAGAGAGAGAGAGAGAGAGAGAGAGAGAGAGAGAGAGAGAGAGAGAGAGAGAGAUAGAGAGAGAGAGAGAAGCGAUAGAAUAGCUCUCUAAGAGAGCUCGAGAGCUUCUCUCCUUCUUCGCUCUCUCUCUAUCUCUCUCUCUCUCUCUCUCUCUCUCCACCUCUACUCCUCUCUCUCUCUUCCUCUGCCCUCCCCGUUGCUUGUUCCCCAUUCUGCACGUACCGUAAGAGUAUCCGUGAACAAUACAAUACACCCCAGCACAUCAGAGAGGGAGCGACUGCAAUGAGUCAGAGAGAGAACCCCCCUCUUCAGGGAGGAUAUGGGCUACAGAGUCAGUAUGAUACUGUACACAUGGUUGUUGUUGAUGUAGUUUCACUGUUACAGUAGGCCUACAUACAUGUAGUUACAGUGGUUAAGUUGGUGUUUAUAGAAUUAGUUUUGUAUGAUCAAUCAUCAGUCAAAAUAUGGAUUCCAGCUAGCUAAAACACUAACAGUCAAGUUAUUAUUCAAUCAAAUAUACAAUAGUGUUUACUUUCAUUCCACUUAAUUAUUUGUUCCACAUGUGUCUGUGAGAGAGGAGGGAGGAAAUGAAUGAAAAUGUGAAGGAAGUAUUUUUUCUUUAUUGAAGCUAGUUUACACCGUCCAAUUCCCUGAUGGAGUGUUUAUAAGAAAACAAUCUAUUCCAGAGCUGUCUUUUGGAACAGUGAGGUGUUUAAUAUGUAUUCAUUCACUGGGGAUUGGCUGCUAUUCAUUCCAUUGUGUGCUCCAGGAUACUGCAGCAUUAUAUUGAUUUUCAGUCUCAUUGGUCAAAGGCCAUUUGAAAAUCAAACCAAGACCACCAGGCAUAAAAAUUACAUGAAGCUUUGGGUUUUUCUUUACGUUCUAUUGUUUAUCUUGUCGCAGUGUGAAUUAUGCUGAUAACGUAUCUAAUAGCUGACUGCACUGAUAGAUCAGUAGUACCGACCCAGCCAUGUUUUACUUUAGCAAAAAUACAUUGGAGAUAACUGCCUUUUUAGAAUUCCUGCUGUGUUCACCAGCCUGAAAUAUGCACUGUAUUCUGCAAAUUUUUGAUGUGUAACUAUUUACAGAACUAUUUUACAUUUCAUUAAAUAAAGCACUGGUUUGUAUUUUCAUUGUAUCUCUGAAGAUGUUAACAUGACUCAUGUUGAAGAGCCCUCUUUCACUGACCCUGUCUCUCCCUCUCCUCUCCAGACUCCAUGCAUAUAGAGGACGUGGAGGCGGUGCAGAAGCUCCAGGAUGCGCUCCACGAGGCCCUGCAGGACUAUGAGAGCAGCCAGCAUCAGGAGGACCCCCGGCGGGCAGGCAAGCUACUCAUGACCCUGCCCCUGCUGCGUCAGACCGCCACCAAGGCCGUGCAGCACUUUUACAGCAUCAAGGUGCAGGGAAAGGUGCCCAUGCACAAACUCUUCCUGGAGAUGCUGGAGGCCAAGGUCUGA